ACGGAAGCAGAAGGCAACGGCGAAUUCGACGCACGGAAGAAACCCAAAAGCAGAAGACGAUGGUGGCGAUAUCAAUGUACAGAGGCAACCUUCACAAAGUUCCCGAUGUACCUCGCCGGUGGAGAAUGCCUGACCAUAAUCUCUCUUUCAAAGAUUUCAAAUCUCUCCUUCAUCGCCGUAAACGAGCUCUUUCUCGUCUCCCCCUUAAUUCCAACCCUAAUUUGAAUCUUAGCGUCAAGACUGAGUUGGUUACCGAUCAGGAGAAUCCGAUUCUUCCAUCUGAAGGGAACGCUUCUUCUGGGAAGCAGAAGCUAGUUGAGGUAAAGAAAGAGGUGAUUGGUGGGAAUCGGGUUAAGGAAGAUGAUAAUAACGACAGAGGUUUUGAAGGAGCUCGAUCAGACGGUGGAGAUCGUCCCGGGAGAGUGAUGGAUUCAAAGGAAACCGAUAAUGUGCCAAAAGAGGAUGUGGCGAAGGAGGAAGCAGAGGCGAAUGAAACAGCUGAAAAAGUACCAAGCGAGAUAGAGAAAAAACAGAAAGAAGUGGAGGAGAGAUUACAAGUUUUGAAUGCAAAGAAACACAAUCUAGUCCAAGUGCUUAAGCAGAUUUUAAAUGCUGAGGAAGAAUUGAAAAGACGCAGCUGCAUGCAACAGCAAGGAACGACAGCAGCGACUCGUCCUGCCCUUCCACUCCAUGUUGAUGUCACUAAUGACUCGGGAGGUAAUACUGGUACUCACAUGGAAGGCGGAGAAACCGAUGAUGCAGCAAAUCAUAAUAAUGCUCAAACUCGUACUGUGCUUCGGCUUUGUGGUGCUUCUUCGUCAUCUGAAUCUCCUCUCAGAAGAGCAGCAGCCUUGUCACAACACAAUAUGGUUCCCCAUACUUCUCGAUGGAGCCCGCGUGUGGGUCCUUCUCAACCCGGUCCUGCAGUCACUGUCUCUGCAUCUGGAACAAACUACAUUGCUUCAUCUCCUUCACCAGCUGGUUCUGGUGGCACUUCUGUUUUCAGAGAAUCACGUCUUCAGAGUCCAUGGAAUUAGCAGCUUCUCCUCUAUCUUUUUGUUUUUUCGUAGCUGUAACGUGUUCAUAUCGAUUGAUGUAUAAAUCAGACUCAAUUCA